AUGGCUACCCAUAUGGCUUAUGUACAAUAUUCAAUCAGUGCUUUGGUCUCUUUGAAUCGAUUGUCUGUUCUCCUUAACUUCAACUUUUUUGAGCCGCGGUGGAGACGAUACAGUACGGUUGUGAUGAGUAUUGUUUUGAUAGGACCACUUCUUGUAACUUAUGACGUGUUCCUGAACGAAGCCUUCUAUAAAUACAACUUUUCUGCAAAUAGCUACUACUUGCAGAGUGAAUCUUCAAGCUUUGCUCUCUUCUCCAAACUAUUCAUCUUCAUGUGUGUCUGCUCACCGAUCACUUUUAUUGCCAACAUUGUGACUUUUGUGAAGUUUCACCUUCUCCCAUUCAAACCAAGAAAUCUAGAAGUUCAAUUCUGCUUCGUCUCUCUUGUGUCGAGUAUUGUUCAAAUUUCGGGAACCCUAUUGACUUUAGCCAUGAGAAAUGCCACACCAGGCACUGAAUUGUUCAAGUUCACCAAUCUAGCUCUCCCUUUUGUCAGUGAUGCUCUGUCCCUGAUUCAACCAUAUGCGCUUCUCUUGUUCUCUGAACCGGUUCGAAAACGUGUCUUUUUCAUUAUCUGCGGAGGCAACUGUUGUACUUGUCUGAUCCCCCAGUCAGUUAGCAGAGUGGCUGCAGCUUCGGUCUCCUAG